AUGAAGGUGCGCAUUGCGACCUUGCAGGCUGUGGCUGCGCAGGACAGCCAACCAGAGGUGUGCGAAUUGCAGGUGUUAGUGUGUGUGGACCGAUUUCUCCAGAUUUCCGCUGCAUACGUCGCGCUCUUCAGCGCUCGGAUUUUCCCCGCUCUGGAGCUGUGUGAGGAGCAAAGGGUCUGGUCUGAGCACCGGCAACCAAAUCCGAACAACGCUAUCGACGCUUGUGUCGUUCGCAAGUCACCAUCAUCCCGGAGCAGCGCGCUGCUCAACCUUCAAGUCGCCAUGUCGGUCGCAACCCAGCCAGUCUCCUCACAGCAGGAACCGCAGUUCAAGAGCGGUACCCACACCCUCUCCGACUCACCCCCAAAGCAAGACCCAGUCUUUGUCUCCACCGUCUCCACAUCAGAAGUAUCCUCACCAGAUGAGAUCUCCUCCAACUCUUCAAAAGCGCCCGCAAUCCAUUCAGACUCUUCCAACCAGCCCAAGCUGAAAAGCAUCCUCGACAAUCCCAAUGAUGUCCUCCCUCGCAAAGCCUCGCGCUCCGGUAGCGAGUCGGGAUUCAAGGCAGCCCUCAAAGCCACCUUUCUUCCGCCUCCCACCCCUGGUCGUCAGGUCAAGGUCAAAGAUGGAAAGCGCCUGGGCAAGUCGUUUCAGCGUGUAGAACCUCGUUCCAACGACUUUGAGGGUGGAGAGGUGCUCGAAUACGAUCCACGCGGCAAAGAUGCAUCCGCCGGCGACGGUCUUCUGCCGACAGGUUGUCUCAAUCCCCCUUCCACAUCUCCGGGCGAUAGCGCGAGCGAGUCUGGCUAUGGCAGCGACAAGGAGAGCAGUUUGGGCACACCCAGCGAGAUGGGCGAGUCCACCGAUUACUCGCGCUCCUUCACUUCCGAAGCCAGCUCAGCAUGGGGGUCCUCCAACAAUGCAUCCUCCGAACGAGGACGCCCUUCCCUGUCCACCACGAGCAGAAGGCGCGAGGGCUCCAUCGCUUCAACCACAUCCAACAGCAGUGGUGCCGCCAUCAAGUUUUGCCCGCUGCCCGUAUCGGGUCGCCUGAAACGUGCGAAUUCCAUCACCAUCGGUGUGGCCGCUCGGUCGCAUCUGCUCCAGUCGCAGGGUACAGCGGCACCGGUCCGGCCAUCCUACACACCACAACAUGUGCACGGCUCGCAAAGCUGGUAUACGCAUAACAACGCGCACCCAAAGCAUGACGACGUGGUCGAUGUAGGCGAAGAGAUCAAGAAGGGUGCCUCGAAGGCGUGGAAACUGAUCCGUGGCGGAGGAGGGAGCGCGAGCGAUGCUUCCUCCGCCGGUGCAGCCAGCCAAGCCGGCGAUGAUACAGCUGCCGCCCAGAAGCAGGCGGAGCGAGCAGCCAUGUUCGAGAAGCCCAAGAAAUCUUUCCCCAAAGAAGGCGCUCCCAUCGCGGAUCCAGAAACAGGAGAGCUCAAGAUGGCCGAUGGUUCCGCGGUCAAGGCGUCGCCCGACGUUUCCGGGGGUCCUGUCUCGGAGCAGGCCAAAAAGCUUCCGACCGGAGACGUGGCCAACGCAGACUCUCAGGGGGGAGAUCAAACACCACGUCGAGCAGCCAGUCCGACCGAGCAGCUGCGCAGCAUGUCCAUUUCGGAAGAUCCCGAAGCGGAAGAGGCUGCCGCAGCGCUCGAGGCUGCCCAUGCAAAGAACGCAGCAAAGCAGAGCCAGGCGCACAACGGUCAUCAUCCACACGAUCUUUCGGAGGGUCCACAGCAUCACACCUACCACCUUGCCGAUGAACACGAUCACCCCGACUCGGGUGCUGCCACGCCAAGGAGCGGGAUGCAACGAAGGUUGUCCACAGGCGCCUUCCUGCGUGGUCUUUCGAUUCGCGGAAUCCAGGAAGAUCGUAGGAGAGACUUGCUUGGUCUGGAUCAGGACGGUGAAGCGCAGAAGAGGGACAGCGGCGAAUUGGCAGCAGAGCACGACAGGCACGGCAUCGCCGUCAGAAAUCCAGCAGGUACAGAGGAAGAGCUCGGAUUGGAGGGGUAUGGACAUUCAAGACACAACCAAUCGUAG